AUGCCGGCUCCGGUCCAAAGCGCCGUCAUCAUCCAGUCGCCCGGCCGGGCGGCACUGGUUCACGACCGGCCGAUCCCACCCCUCCGAGACGGAUACAUGCGCAUCAGGACGAUCGCCGUGGCGGUGAACCCGUGUGACUGGAAGCAAGUCGAUGGGCUCGGGACCCCAGGCGUCCUGCUCGGCUGCGACUACGCGGGUGUCGUCGAAGAGGUCGGGCCCGGGGUGCGCCGGCCGUUCCAAAAGGGCGACCGCGUGUGCGGCUUCGCCCACGGCGCCAGCACGACGUUCCCCGAGGACGGGGCGUUUGCCGAGACCAUCAUCGCCAAGGCUGACGUGCAGAUGCGCAUGCCCGACCAUCUCAGUUUCGAGGACGCGGCAACCCUGGGAGUGGGCAUCAGCACCGUUGCCCUCGGGCUGUAUCGAAACUUGGACCUCACGCUGCCCGCGCGGCAAGCUCCCCAUCGGACGCCAAUCUUGAUCUAUGGCGGGUCGACUGCCACCGGUGUGGUCGCCAUCCAGUUUGCGAAGCUGUCCGGCUACCACGUCUACACGACUUGCUCGAGGAACAACUUUGACCUGGUCAGGGGCUUUGGCGCCGACGUCGUGCUCGACUACCACGAUCCUCGGGCGGCCAACCGGAUCCGCCAGCUGUCCGACGAUGAGCUAACACUCGUUUUCGAUACCAUCUCGGACGAAGACAGCGCCAAGUUCUGCCUUGACGCCAUGUCGUCGCGGGGCGGCGACUACAGCUACAUCAACGGGCUGUCGGGCGUGUCGUUUCCGGAAAACGUGCGCACCAGCUUCGCGGGCGCCUUCACCGUGCUUGGCGAGGGCUUCUACUACGGCGAUGCCUGGUACGGCGCCGAGCCGAGCGACCAGAUCCUGAUGGAGAACAUUGCGUGGCUCUCCGAGGACUUGCUGUCGAGCAAGGCUCUCCGUCCACACCGCGUGAGCGUGGGCCGUGGCGGCCUCAGGGGGGUGCUGGACGGCAUGGAUCGCCUGCGAAAGGGGCGCGUGAGCGGAGAGAAGCUGGUGUACAGGGUGGAUGCUGCCCCGACGUGCAAGUUGUGA